AAAUGAGUGCUGGGCAGCAACUACUGGGGAGGGGGAGCCUCUGAAUUUAGCUCCGCCUGGCCCAAGAGGAUCAAAUAAGCCUGUCUGCCUGAAAGGGCAGGGAGGCUGGGGGACACAGAACUCAAUAAACGGCAGCCAUCAUGGCAAGACAACCAGCCAAAACUCUAUGGUAUGACCGUCCACGAUACGUAUUUCUGGAAUUCUGCGUGGAAGACAGCAGGGAUGUAAAAGUGGACCUUGAUGAUUACAAGGUAAUAUUCAGCUGUAAGAAUGUUGAUGGCAUUGAAAUAUACAACGAGAUUCACUUUUAUGCCCGAGUAAAUUCCAAGGAUUCCCAAAAUAAGCGUUCAGGCAGGUCCAUUACACUCUUCGCCCGCAAGUGGAAGGACAAAGUGCCCUGGUCACGACUCACCAAAGAAGAUUUCAAGCCAGCAUGGCUCUCAGUGGACUUUGAUAACUGGAGAGACUGGGAAGGAGAUGAAGAGGUGGAAGCAGCCAUGGUCGAACAAUAUGCAGAGCUCAUGCAAAAAGUCACUAAGAAAGAUCCACCCCCAGCCAUGGAUGAUCUUGAUUUUACCACCCAGGUGGUUUCCUGCUGUCCGGCAAAAUUAUCUAUAGAAAUUAGUAGAAAGAACAUUUUGCAAGGUUUCCAUGUCAUCCUGGAAGACACUAUUCUUUUCCCAGAGGGUGGAGGGCAGCCAGAUGACCGGGGAUUUAUUAAUGAUAUCCCUGUCCUCAGAGUCACCCGACAAGGCCUAAAUGCUUUACACUUUAUCCAGACACCACUUGAUCCAGGAACUAAGGUACAACUGGUGCUGGACUGGGACCGGCGGUUUGACCAUAUGCAGCAGCAUUCAGGACAACAUCUCAUCACAGCACUUGCAGAUCUGAUGUUUGGAUACAAGACAACAUCAUGGGAGCUGGGCCGUCAGCGAAGCACUAUUGAGCUAGACACCUUGUCAAUGACAGUAGAGCAGGUGACAGCCCUUGAACAGAGUGUGAAUGAAAAAAUUCGAGCUCGAGUCCCUGUGAUGGUACAAGAGUUUGCUGUGGGUGAUCCUAAAGUUGAGUUGGUAAGGAGCCGUGGCUUGCCAGAUGAUCAUACUGGACCAGUUCGGAUAAUAAGCAUUGAAGGUAUUGAUGCCAAUAUGUGUUGUGGAACACAUGUCUCCAAUCUCAGUGACCUGCAGGUCAUUAAGCUCUUGGGUACAGAAAAGGGGAAAAAGAACAAAACCAACUUAAUUUUUCUGGCUGGUAAUCGGGUGCUGAAAAGUCUGGAUCGAAGCCAUGCCACUGAAAAGGCCAUGACAUCACUGCUUAAGAAUGGUCCCGAAGAACAUGUAGAAGCUGUGAAAAGGCUGCAGAGCUCUCUGAAGCUGCUUCAAAAGAAUAAUGUGAAUUUGCUAAGAGAUUUAGCUGUUCUUACAGCGCAGAACUUCAAAAACACCACAGCUCAACAACCAGUAUUUGUCUUACACAGGAAAGAUGGUGACUCUGAGUUCAUGAAUAUAAUUGCAAAUGAAAUUGGCUCUGGGGAAACUCUUAUUUUCUUAUCUGUGGGAGAUGAAAAAGCAGCUGGGCUUUUUUUGCUGGCAGGACCUUCAGAAGCAGUGGAGAAACUGGGUCCCAGAGUUGCUGAACUACUGGAAGGAAAAGGAGCAGGGAAACAUGGGCGCUAUCAGGGCAAAGCUACAAAGAUGAGCCAACGAUCAGAAGUGGAGGCCCUUCUUCAGGCAUUCGCCAGCAAAUAGAACUUGGAAUAAUGACCGGGCAUCUGAAUAGUGCAAUUAGGGAAGAAGCAAAACAUUCAGCCUUAAUUGUUCCUCAAGGACUAUUUAAUAAUACAAUAAUUUCUCUUUCUAUGUUUUUUUUUUAGCGUGCCAGUAUCAGCAGAAAAGAAUUAUCACUGGUCUAAUACUGCAAAGAGGGAUAUUACUAGAAACGAAAGAGAUAAAAUAUGUCAGAGAGGUGUGGUAUGUAAAAGAAGCAUGUCUGGAAACUUUGUUAUAUGUCUGUAGAAAGAAACUUCACCAUAAACCAGUUUUUUUGGCAUAGAGAAGAAUUGCAUUUUUCAGAGAUGUGUUAUGAUAUAUGUUCCAUAAAAUUUGUGAAGCUUCAGUAUCACAAAUUAAGCACUACGGAUGUUUGCUGAUAUUUUUGUUUCUAAUAAUGUAUGUUGUCUUCCCCAAAUUGUCUUCUGCUGAACCAUUUGGAAAGGAGUUUAACAGGCAUAAUUCAUUGCUCAGUCUUGCUUAAUUUGGCCACCUCUGAAUAUAUGAGGACUGGUAUACUUAGAGUUCUCAGCAUGGUCCAGUUGGCUGUACUUUUUGGAAUUUGUAUUCCUAACACAUCUGAAAAGCAUCAAAUUGGGAAGAUAGUUUUAAAUCCCUGAUAUAUCUUAGGAUCAGCAUCUUGCCCCCAACAACCUGGGUCCUCAUUUUAUCAACUUCGGAAUGAUGGAAGGCUGAAUCAGUCUUGAGCCCAUCAGGUUCGAACUCCUGGCUGUAAGCAGAGUUAGCCUGCAAUACUGCAUUCUAACCACUGCACCACCAGGCAGCAUAAUAUUAAUGACAGGGAGGUGCAAACAUUUUCUUACAUAGCGGCCUGGUAAUUUAUAGUUCACCUGCUUAUAUAAAAGCUGUUUAGUACAUGACUUUAGGCAAGAAGUACCAUGAUAGGGUUCUGAAUCACUUUCUUAAAAUCAGGCACAGAAAUGUGAGUCUAAGAAAGUGCCUGAAUUGUUUAGGUGUUUAAAAAUGGUAUAUAAAUUUAACCCUGAAUCAACCUGAUGAUUUAUGGUUCUGCUUAGGCUGUACCAAACAAAUGAUUACAAGUGGAAGAAAAAGCCUCCAUUACAACAUCAGAAUGGACAGUAAAUUGAUUAGAACAUAGAAUAGAGUUGGAAGGAACUUUGGAGGUCUUCUAGUCCAACCUCCUGCUCAAGCAGGAGACCCUGGCGUAUACCACUUCAGACAAAUGGUUAUCCACUUUCUUUAAAAACCUCCAGUGAUGGAGCACCCAUGCUUCUGGAGGAAAGCUUUUCCAGUGGUUUAUUGCUCUCAGUGUUAGGAAAUUCCCCAGUUCUAGGUUGCUUCUCUCCUUGAUUAGUUUCCAUCUAUUGUUUCUUGUCUAGGAUUAAAUAUGUUCCACAGUGAUAAGAAAAUGGUGAAAAGCAAGAUUUGGGCCUGACAUUGGUUGGAGAUAAAUGCACAAACAUUCACAUGAAAAGAGGGAAAAUAAUCUAUGAUCAAUAUGGAAAAGGAACCAGAAUGCCUGGGGCAGGCAGGUGGAGGACGGGCAGGGGAAGCAGACAAUACAAAUGCAGCAAUAAUUCUUCCAGGCUACUAUUACAAGUGAUUGUAACUGUUUCUGGGGGUUUUGCAAACUACUAGUUAAGUUAGUCAUCUUCUAUUCUGGUUGGAAUUCCUCAGAAGCUUUUCUAAGAGACACCCCAGAUACCUCUCCAAUUUCUUUUCUGGCUAAAAUAUAUCUUUGCUUUUCUUCCCUGUCUAUCCAGCCACGAUAUCAAAUCAUUUCUGCCUGAAGGCAGCUAUAUUCAUUAGUGUAUGGAAGGGAUUAAGACUCUGUUUAAUCAUCCACAAAACAGACAAAAACGUAUCUUGAUUUAUAAACCUUUAAUCUUCAGAGUUGAAGAUACAUGUCCAAAGUAGCUCAAUUGCAGGACAUUUUUUCCUUAUAAAUCUUUCUUGUCUGUCGGCGGAAGGAGGCAGAAAAAGGUGUAGGGGAUCAGGGCCACUGCACAGAUAUGGGCACAAGCGCACUUACAGAAUGAGAGGGUGUAAAAGAGGAUCUCCUGGUCAGUUGGUAGUUCCAAGAACUCAAACAGGUUCAGGACUAGCAAUGAAAAAAAGAUGCAACUGAAGUGGAAGAUCAGCCCUUGGUUUGGCUUCCCGUUGGACAUUUCUGCAUACAUUGGGGAGUUGAGUCCAAAUCCUAGACCAAACAAAAUGCCCAGAUUGCGUAACAGACUGGCAAAAGGGGUUGUGUCAAUAUGGACCCAUUCAGGCCGUUCACACCACUUGUGGGCCUUCUCGAGUGUCCAUAAGAGAUCUACACCCAGCAUCUUGAGCAGCAGGUAGAAGCCUAGGGCAAAACCAAAGAGGAAGCCAAUAGUUGCAGCGUAUCGCGUGAGGCUGGCGGUGUAGAUGGAAAGGACUUGUUCAAAAAUCACAGCCAUCAGUAUUCCUGUGGAAUAAGUCAAUCAUUGAUUGAGUUGGCAUUCUCUGAUAUUUACAUAUAGGAUUUUAUUCUUUUAUUUAUUCAGGACUAGGAAUAGCUUACCUGAAAUAACACCUGCAAUCACUUGAUGUGGGAAGUGCGCAGCAAUGAAUACUCGGGAAAAGCAGACACAGAUUUGUACAGUCCAGAAUCCUGUCCAAAGAAGAUGAUGUAGCCACCUGGAAUGGGAAAGAUGGGAAGAUCAGGGCAAAAGCAGGCGUUUUUAAUUGCACCAAAGAGGGACAUCUUAGGCUAAAGGCCAAUCUGUCCUUUGAAUGUUGUGCCAGAACAGGAAAUAAGAUUUCAUUUAGCUAAUUCUGCAGUGAAUUCAUUAAAUGAAGAUAGUCCUCACUUACCAACCGCUCUGUGUGGUGACUGUUCAAUGUUAUAAAAAUACUGAAAACGUAACUUUACCACCAGUGUCUGUAUUUAUGACUUUCAUAGUGUCAUGCAAUUGCCAUUAGAAUCAGUAUGUGUUGUCCUGUGCUGGUCUGGGUUUUUUCCCUUCAUUUUCAGCACUUUCAGCAAGGAAGGUUUACAAGAAAAUAAACAGGCGCAUACUGCUUACUCUCUUGAAAUCCCUUCUCUAAUCUGUGACUUUCUAACCUCUGACUGCAAGUGGUAGGUGACAAGUAAUAUCUAUAGGCAAUUUCUGCUAUCCUGUUUUUGGAACCACCUGUAGCUUUGAGACUUUAUAUGAUGUACAGGGGUGCCAUAGUGUACAAUGUGAUUUUAAAAGAGUCAAGGUAGUAGACAUGAUAAUGAAAUCAAAGUUAUGUCUGUUUUUUAUAUGUUCUGCACACGUGCAUACAUACAAACCUGGCAGAACUUUAUUUGUUUCACUGUUGCUCUCAUUCUUUUCUUUUUUUUUUUACUAUCCUAUGGACAUAAUAAGGGACACAGUGGCUCAGUGGCUAAGACGUUGAGCUUGUUGAUCAAAAGGUCGGCAGUUCAGCGGUUCGAAUCCCUAGUGCUGCAUAACAGGGUGAGCUCCCAUUACUUGUCCCAGCUUCUGCCAACCUAGCUGUUCGAAAGCAGGUAAAAAAUGCAAGUAGAAAAAUAGGGACCACCUUUGGUGGGAAGGUAACAGUAUUCCAUGUACCUUUGGCAUUUAGUCUUGCCGGCCACAUGACCACGGAGACGUCUUCGGACAGCGCUGGCUCUUUGGCUUUGAAACGGAGAUGAGCAUCGCCCCCUAGAGUUGGGAACGACUAGCACAUAUGUGUGAGGGGAACCUUUACCUUUUUAUGGACAUCUAUAUUUGUAUAUCUGUGAUAAACCGACAAGAUGCCUGCUGUGCUUUCACUUUAGGAUUAAAUAAAUGUAUCUAAUCAGUUUGACAGUCAAAAAACACAUUUUGUUAUCUCCUUUUGCAUGGCAUUUCCUCACAAAUGGAUGAUUCCCUGAAACAUUCAGUCAGUCAGAUGUUUUCCUAAUUAUGUUUUAGUGCACACAUUUGUCAAACAUUUCCAGAAGUUCCCAAAACCAACUGAACAAAAACAUGAAGACUGACACUGACACUCCACAAAAUUCAAUUUUCCAAAAAUACAGGUAGUCCUCAACUUACCACAGUUCUUUCAGUGACCAUUCAAAAUUAUGACACUGAAAAAAUGACUUAUGAACGUUUCUCACAGAAGCCCCAUGGUCAUGACAUCAAAAUUGGUGACUGGUUGGUAUUGAUGAUAGUUGCAGAGUCCUGGAAUCAUGUCACCUUUUCCAAACUUUUGACAAGCAAAGUCAAUGGGGAAGCCAGAUUUACUUAAAACCAGUGAUGGGCUGCCCCUGGUUCGGACCUGUUUUUGCAAACUGAUAGUAAAACCAGGGGUAAGCUUCGCCCAACGACCCCGACAUCAUCAGGAAGUUUAUGCGCAAAAGCAAGCGCAAGCGAAGCAAGCGCACACGAUCCCGCUGUGAACCGGUAGUAAAGGUAAGUAGAACCCAACCUUGCUUAAAACCCAUGUCACUAACUUAACAACUGCAGUAAUUCAAUGAACAACUGUGGCAAGAAAGGUAACAAAAGGGGCACAAUUCACUUAACAAAUAUCCUCUUGAGCAAUAGAAGUUUUGGACUCAAUUGUGGACAUAGGUCAAGCGCUACCUGUAUAAUGCUUCAAUUUUUAAUCUCAAUCUUGGUUUCAUGAAAGUGAUCACUGCUGAUUUAGAAGUCAACUUUGAAACUGCUGUGUAAGAACAUAAUUUAUUUCAUGUUGCAUAUAGAUAAUACUUCUUAAUGUGUUAAUUGUGGCAGCCAUUGUCACAAACCAAUAAAAACAACCACCUGAAAAUGAGAUAGUGAAUUG